AUGGGCAGCGAGGAAGCGCCGCUGCUGCUGCUGGCGCCGGUGGUGGAGGGUUGCCCCGGCUGCGCCAUAGAGCGGCAGAAGGCGAGCAGCAAAGGGAGGAUCCCCUACAGGGAGCUCUUCUUCGUCGGCGUCACCUCCUUCGCCUCAUCUCUUCCCAUAACAUCCUUGUUCCCGUUUCUCUACUUCAUGAUAAGGGAUCUGCAUGUUGUUCAAAGAGAAGAAGACAUUGGAUUCUACGCUGGCUUUCUCGGUGCAUCAUAUAUGAUCGGCAGAGGUCUUGCGUCAGUCUUUUGGGGUAUCAUAGCUGAUCGUAUUGGACGAAAGCCUGUAAUUGCAUUUUCGGUAUUUUCAGUCAUUGUUUUCAACACAUUGUUUGGACUAAGUGUGAAAUAUUGGGUGGCUAUUGCUACAAGGUUUCUUCUUGGUGCCCUCAAUGGAUUCCUUGCACCUGUAAAGGCCUACUCUAUUGAAGUUUGUCGACCUGAACAGCAAACUUUGGGUAUAUCAAUUGUCAGCACAGCAUGGGGAAUGGGAGUUAUAAUUGGCCCAGCAAUUGGGGGCUACCUAGCACAGCCUGUCAAACAAUACCCACAUCUGUUUCAUGAGAAGUCAGUGUUUGGAAGGUUCCCAUAUUUAUUACCAUGUCUAUUUAUCUCAUUUUUUGCUACCUUGGUUUUCAUAAGCUGUGCAUGGCUCCCAGAGACCCUACAUAAGCACAAAGGCCUUGAGAGAACAGUUGAAAUGGUAGAAGGUUCUACAGCUCAAGAAAGCACAGAACCACCUAAAAAUAGUUUACUUAAAAACUGGCCUUUGAUGUCCUCCAUUAUCACUUACUGUGUCUUCUCGCUUCAUGACACGGCAUAUGUUGAGAUAUUUUCUCUAUGGACUGUGAGUAAUAGAUACGGCGGCCUUAGCUUUUCAUCUAAAGAUGUGGGCCAAGUUCUUACAAUUGCAGGCACCAGUCUUCUAGUAUAUCAACUCUUUGCUUAUCGUUGGGUUGACAAAACUUUUGGACCUAUUCAGUCAACCCGAAUUUCGUCGGCACUGUCUAUACCAGUAAUUGCUGCUUAUCCCUUCAUGACACACCUAUCAGGAAUAAGACUUGGUGUGCCACUCUACAUUGCAGCAAUUCUGAAAAGUGUCUUUGCAAUAACUAGAGUUACUGGCACUUCUCUGCUGCAAAACAAUGCUGUGCCACAAGAACAAAGGGGUGCUGCAAAUGGAAUAGCUACAACAGCAAUGUCUUUGUCGAAGGCUUUUGCUCCAGCUGGAGCAGGCAUUAUAUUCUCAUGGGCACAGAAGCGCCAACAUGCCACUUUCUUUCCAGGAGACCAGAUGGUGUUUCUGCUACUGAAUUUGACAGAGCUCAUCGGGCUCAUACUGACCUUCAAGCCUUUCCUGGCAGCUCCCCAACAGUACAAAUGAAGCAAGCUUGCAAUGCAUAGAGAAGAUUGAAAACACAGUGGUGCGCACAUGCAAUUUAGUUUGCAUGAGUCCGUUGCAAGUGUUCAAGUUGAUGCACACUGCACAUGGAGGACCUAGUCUGUUCUAUAAUCGCCUGGGAAACUGGGUUAUUGCACUGCACUGUUGAAGUGGUGCUUUGGUUGCUGUCUCGAUCUGUUGUCCAGUGUACCAUGCAUGAGGGAAAGAAGCAGAGCUCCUCAAGAACAAACAAACCAUGUACACUAAAUUAACCCUUUAUAUAUGAUUAGAGUACACUCCUAAUUAAUUGAUUUCAAGUCCGAUCCCGGCUAGCAAGCC